AUGGCCCACGUUCUCCGGGCGCUGGAGUUGAACGGGUGCUGCAUCCUGGAGGACUGCGGCACCUCUCAGGAGGCCGCCGCGGCGCUGCCGGCGAGGAUCUUCGGAUCGCCCGGCCUCCUGGGGUCCCCGGCGCCCGCGGAGGUGUCGGAGCAGGUGCUGGCAGCCCGGGGCAUCGCCAAGGAUGAUAACUUCCGAGCGCACACAGAUGGCCACGCCUAUGGUGACAAGUUCCCGGACUACUUCCUGCUGCUCUGCUCCGUGGCCAGCGACGUGGGUGGUGGCAACUUCCUCAUCGACGGCUAUGCGCUGCUGGAGGACCUCGCCAGCGAACCAGACACCGCGUGGGUCCCGCCGGCGCUGGCGGAGCGCUCUGUGAACCAAACCUCCAGGCUGCCGAGUGUCACGCCGGUGCUGGUCUUCGGCCCCGGCGGCAGGCGGGCGCUGCGGUGCCGCCUGCCGGGGCCCCCCAUGGCCUUCGCGGCGCAGCGGGUGAGCGAGGCCUCGGAAACGCCGGAUGAGGACGCAAAGAUGCUGGCGAUCUACCACGAGGCCAUCCAGAAGGCCGCGGAUCGGGCGGAGCGCGUGUUCCUGCGGCCCGGGGAUGCCCUGGUGGUGGACAACUAUCGGAUGUUCCACGGGCGUGACCCCUACACUGACCCCAGGCGCCUGCUGUGGCGGUGCUGGAUCUGGACAACGGCCUCCCGCGGGCUGCCGGAGGUUCCGGAAAAUGAGCUGCAGUCCACUCCGGGCAACGCCGCCGGCAUUGUGCAGCCGGAUGAGGGGCCCAGCAAGCGCCAGAGAGGGGAGUAA